CAGUCGGAAAACGGAUAUGAAGUCUUUCUAGCGCGUUAGGUAAGAGGGUAGACAAAACGGUUCUGUCGAGAUUGUUACCUUAAUUCUUCGAUAUACUGCAUUACCAUCUGGUCUUGAUUGAUUUCCCCAUCCCUGAAUUGUUUACACAGUAUUCUGGGGUGCAAUGGACGACAGCAACGGUGUGAAGCUCUUUGUUGGGAAUCUGGAUUCGGAAACAACUCAAGAUGACCUAAUUAGGCUUUUUGCCCCAUACGGAGAAGUGGUGAACAUAACUGUACUGAGGCAGUUUGCCUUUGUCCAUCUGCAGGGAGUUGGGGCUGCUGACCGUGCCAUCCGUGAUCUGAAUGGUCUAGAUUACUGCGGCCGGAACCUUGUGGUUGAGGAAUCCAAAGGGAGGCCCCUCAAUUCCAUCAAAGUAUUUGUGGGGAACCUGUGUGCUUCCUGUACUACUGAAAAUCUGUUUGAUCUGUUUUCACCUUACGGAAAAGUUCUUGAUUGCGAAAAAGUGAAGACUAAGCCCUCUUCUUUAGUAGGCUACUCCUUUGUGUACAUGGAGCGCAAAGAGGAUGCAGAACAAGCCAUUGAGGGUGUUCACGGGACCUUAUUUAUGGGCCGUCCACUCGCAGUGGAGCUUUCAAAGGCACAGCCGACCACAAACAAGGUCCCAUGUGCUGGCUGUGGUGCACAUGGCCACUUUGCAGGAGAAUGUCCAAUCAACAGGCCUCCUAUUGAACACCACCAGAGUCAAGCAGCUGUCUUGGCUGCUGCUGCGGCCGCUGCUGCAGGGCUUCCCCUUCAAGUUCAACAGAGUGUCCACAACUCUUUUUACAACACAGCAAGCUCUGACCCAACGUUUGCAGCUCUGAAAGACUUGACCACUUCCAGGGUUGAUGGCAAGCCCGUGAGUGCUGCAGUCUAUGGGGCCCUGGCGAGUCAGAUUUACGGUGUCGCCGCAAACCAGGGGUUCAGCUCAGCGAAGAGCCAUUAUGCAGGUGGCUACCCCACUGAAGCAGAAGUGCGAUCAGGUGCUAUAAACCCUGUCUAUGGAGCAAAUUCCUCUUUGUACAGUGCAAGUCCAGCUUAUGGGACCAUGGAAGGCACAGAGUCUGACCCCCAAGCCAUGUUUGAAGCUGCCCGGGCCCGAUUCUUUGAGCAGGGACAACAAGUGCUAGCGGAACAGCAAGCCGUGACCAAAUUUGAUAGAGACCGAAGCCCAAUACGCCGCUCCACCCCAUUACUACCUGACCCAGUUUCCCAGUCAUUGUCGCAGACACGACCCAAACGGCGGGCCCUUCUCCCAACACCACCUGGUGGACCGGAAAUACCUGCAGUUAAAAAUGGAGACCCGAUUGCAAGGUGCUAUGCAGAGUACUAUCAACAGUACCAGCAGUAUCAACAGUACCAACAAUACCAGCAGUACCAGCAGUAUCAGCAAUACCAGUACAGCUACCCACCACCACCUCCACAUCCUCCAAUGCCCGUGAUGCCUCCAGCAACAAUGGAUCCGCAACAGCUUGCCGCCCCUGGCACUGCUGCUUCACCAAGAGUGUAUGAGCCACCCUCAACACACAAGGAGCCCCUCCUACGUCGCCUUGAUUACCCUCACCUGCACACAUCUGAGUCCCCAUAUCGAUAGCCCCACAUCACUUCACAUAUGUCUGUUGCACGCGUGUUUGGUUGUAAAAAUGAGAGCGUGUGUCAGUUUUGGUCCUACAUGACAACAGAUCUCGGAAACUGGAAGAAAGGGAUAAAUCAAAUUUAGUCAAUGCAACCAACCUGGGCUGUAGACACUCCCAACCCCCCAGUAUAAUUAAUCUCAUUAUGUGCAGAAUGUAGACAUUUACAAGGCCAUGACAUUUAUAUUCAGAGCCCUGUUGGUUUGAGUGUAUUUUGAAAUGCUCAAUUAUUUCAUUUGUCAGUUUUGUAGAUAAAGCACUCUUUGACCGUCUUGUCAGAUCUCACUUUAUCUGAAGUCAAAUGUCUGUGCCUUUUGAACAAGCCUAAUUUUUUUGUAAACACAGUUUUUCAGACUUUUGUAAAACCAAUACGUUUUAUCAAAUUCAUUGCUAAUUGAGGAGCGAGCCACAAUUAAUGUUCCAAAAUUGUCCACAAUUUAUUGCAUUUGACUUAGACUGAUGUAAAAUUCACAAAGUCUAAGCUUCAGAUCUGAAAUGCACAGCAUAAUUUUAAUAGAAUGUAAAGAGGACCUGUGUGAAAUGUGUGUGUGUGUGUGUGUGAGUGAGAACACAAUGUUAACAAUUUGGAUGACAUCCCUCAGCUUGCAUAUAAUACCACGCUCACAUACACAAUCUCAAACCUAUUACCUAUAAUACUAUUUGAGUGGGAGGGGCCUUAGGUCAGAGACACAUUCAAGUGUAUCAGUACCAACAAAACCAUACAUUUGUGAUCAAAGGAACUUAAAUACUCUUAGCCACUGCCUCAAUAGUGCAGACGGCUGCCAUGUUCAAGAACAUUAUAACUGAAUUUAAAAUUAUAUAUUGGAAAGGAGUAGAGAGUAAAUGGGUAGAGAAAAAUGUAUUUCAUUGCAAAAGGGACAGACUUGUUUGUCGCUUGAUAGGCAUAUUCAAUUGUUUUGAGUGUUUUCCAUUUGACACUGAAUUAGUUGGAGAUGUCAUUGUUACUAAAUAGCAUAAAGAACUGGUCCUAUUGCCUGCCAGUAGCAAUUAUGCAUGUUUUGCAAAGCAAACUACUGCCAUCUCUGGCCUUGCAUCCCUCCCUUACAUGGACAAUACUCUUGGGUAUUGACUAUAUAAUUAUUAGUGGCCGCACCUCGAAUUACCUUAAAACAGAAUGAGGUUCUUAAGUUCUUUGUGUUUCUUGUGAAAGUAGCCCAAUGCAAUUAAUAUGUUUCUUUCUGACCAUUUAUUUUUUCACAUUUACAUUAUCGUAGUCUCUUUAUCCUUCGAUUUAUGUGAAUUGAUUUCAGGAGCUUUUGGGUGGAAACAUUUAGUUAUGUAGGGAUGGGGGAGUGUAAAACCUGUUCAGUGUGGCACAUACAGCUAAUUACGGUAAUUGGUUCUGAGAGUGAUAAACAGUGAAAACAAAAUUGUAUUUUUGUGCGUAAGGGAUAAGAAAUGUGUUGUCCCAGUUCAUGCGCAUUUUAGGCAAUUAAACGUUCAUGUUAUAAAACUAACUAACUGAAAGUGACUUUGUCUGAAUAAUUAAUCAAGGUUAAGUUUCUAGGUUCAUGCAAUUAGUGCCAGAAGUGUCAAACAUUAUGACAUUGUACGAAGGGAAUCUAUUCAAAAUCUUCAUACCAUCUGCUUUAGAAUACAUCAAACAUGCUUCCUGUGGAGCGUUCAGGUCGCCAGCUUUUUGCUCUAAAUUUCAACCUUUAAUUUCUUGGUAAAUAGCUUUGUGAUUCAGAUGUUAUGAUGGUUGAGUAGCUUCCCUUCAAAUAUCUCUCAUUGAAACCAUUGCAUUGUAAUUGUAAGGUAUGGUAAAGAGAAUGGUUUAAUCAUUUUAUGUAUGUCCUCUUUCCCUAGAAUGCCCCUCAGGCAGUCUUCAGUCUUUCAUUCCAAAGAAAUAUGGUGGGGUACACACACAAAAUUCACUUGGCACACGCAACCCAUAUACUCACCAUUCACUCACCACAGUCAACACUUGACUUCAUGCAUUUAAUUAAAUCUCACAAGCAAACAUUUACUGUAGUGUUAAUGUUCUCAAUAUUAUGUUAUUAAAUGGAGUGGAGGUGGAAAGGUGGUGGUGGCGGUGUAGCUUCUAUCAGCACACCAGGACUCCACAAAUGAUUGUACACAGUAAAUUAUUUUAUCUGUUGUGUAUUAUUAUAAAUAGUGCAUGUCUCUUGUUAUUCUUACUGCUGUUCCAGCCACAUUCUCCCUUUUCGCUAACUACAGCUAAAUUGGCUCCCGGGCCUCAGGACGCCAUGUUGAGCAUGACGGGGGAAGAGAAAUAGCGCCCCACAAUGCCUCGGACGCGCUCCCCGCUAAGGUAAAGCCCAUUGCCCCCCACCACGCCUGCACCUCGAUCAUACAUUUCCCCUCAAUGAUCCUAGCACAGUUGCUAGAGAAGCUCAGAUCAGGCCCACAUCCAGUUUACAAUACCACAAUAAAACACAAAGUGGGGAUGGUACUUCUUGCUAUGUGGUAGUGCCAUGAAUCAGUGCUUACCGAGGGGUAAUUGUGUCUUUACAGUUUGGAGUAGUUGUUAGAAUCUGCUACAUCUUGGGUGCCCAAAAUGCUCAUGGUUUGGUGUCUUAUGUCAGUGUAAUCACUUUUAAAAUAAUUACUUCUAAUAAAAUAAAACGCAUUACAUUGUUAGAAAACAAAUUUAAUCCUUUUGGUUGCGUACUAUUAUAUCAGCAUUUCCUAACCCUGGUACUGGAGUACCCACAACACUAAACAUUUUGGAUAUCUCCCAAAUGUACCACUCCUGAUUUAACAUGGCAGCUUGUUAGUUGAGGCUUCAUGAGCUGAAUUGGGUGUGUCAAAAUAUGCAAUGUUGGGGUACUCCCAGACCAGGGUUGGGAAACGAUGUAGGAGAUCAACAACAGUGUUGGGGAGCUACUUUGGAACUAGUUUUCCAAGCUACUCCUAACUUGUAGUUAAACUACGGUCAAGUUAGUCUUUUUAAAAAGUCAUGGCUACACUGAGAUUUACUAACAAAGUAGUUAACUACAUUGUAGCUAUUUAAAGAAAAUAUUUUUAAAUAUAUAAUCAUUUGAUAUUUAAUAAUGCAGUAAGAAGUUCUGAUUUAAGAAUUACAUAUCACCUGACAUUAAACAAUUAUGUUGACGACUAUUCAAUUUAACAAAUUCAUACUUGUACAAACUAAUAAGACUAAAUAAAUUGUUAUAUAACUUGGUCAAAAUGCAGUGAUAAACAGCUGCAACUAACUAAAUAUUUCGCCUCCAAGACUGACUUCUAAAUAAGUGAAUCGUUUAAAAAGAAUUGAAGAAAAAAAAAACUGUCUAACAGAACAUUCACCUAAAUUAUUUGGAUUUCCCAGCAGUAUUUAUAAGAGAUUAGGUGAGCACGCUUGCACCACACAAUGAGCUUGUUAACAUCACAGCAAUGCACCGAUCCCUAUGAAAAAUCAGCUUAUUAAAGUAAAGAAAAUGCAAGAAACCUGUGUUUAUAUAAGACUUAGAAUCAUCGGGUUAUUCUCUGCUUUUGACGUCAAAAUGUAAACGGGCAUGUGCACAUUGGAUAAGCCGGUAGAAUGCCUGUAAAGGUGCUUUCAUGAAAUUUGCUUGACUAUCGUUUUUUGCUUUAAGCCAUUAAUGACCUUACCCCAAUAAAGGAAAGAUGUUUAAGGCAUGUACAUGACUACACAUGUUUGCUUAUCUAGCAUAAAUGGUGUAAGAUUGUGCAUGUAAACACACACUUUGUGACAAAUGUAGCUUUUUGUGGCGCUACACCGUUACUCGUUGAAAGAAGCUUGCUGUUGGAAAAGCAAUACUAUUGUGAAAAUGGCUGAGCUACUGUCACGCUACUGAAAAAUGUACAGUAAGUAGCAGCGCUACUUAUAUAGUUAGUUACUCCCCAACACUGAUCAUCAAUAACUGUAAACAUGUUUUUUUGCCAUCAUGACAAAAUGCAUUGAACUCAAGUUUUUCUCACAAUAUGGCAUAAAGUUGAAAGUAAAUUUCCAUUUGAGGCAAUAAGAGGGAACAAUCCAGAUUAGUUAAGGAGUUUUUGCCUACGCUUGUUUUGGCAUUUGGUCUUUUUGAAGCACUUCCAGUAAGGAGAGACGAGGCGUGCACUCUGUUCAAAGCUGAGGUGCUCCAGCUGUGCUUUGAAUACUUAAGAAGGGCGCAGCGCUGUCCAAAAGGCCCUAAUCCAAGUAGGGCAUUCAUCUUAGGUGAGUAACCAAUGUGCUGUUGUCCAUUUCAAAUCCACUCCUCAGACCCCAAAAUUAGGCCUUUUUUCAGCCUUAUGAGACUAUUUAUACCCUUCCGAUUUCGGCUCUAGGUUGUUUUUUUUUUCACUCCGAUCCUUUGUGGCUGGACAAUUGAAAAUAUUGAAAAUAUUUGUAAAUUAAUAUGAAUCCAUUUUCUGGCCAAACAGAUUUGUUUUGUUGUUCCAAGGAGAAUGCAGAUUGAUUUCAUUAGCUGUCCACAUACAAAUAGUAAAGUUUAUUUUUCAGAUUAAUACAGGGAUAGUUUGCAGCAAAAGAUUUUCCAGAAACAUAUUGGUAUUUAGCUUUGUAAAAUUUCAGCUUUAAGUCGAAUGAGAGUUUCACUACAAACUCUUCCUAUCUAUAGUUUUUUUUAUUUAUUUUUUUAUUGUUUGUGUUGCACCGAUCUUCAAAUGACAGACCUCAGAAUCUUCAUGUUUUUAACAUUGAAUACUCUUGGCCAUUAUGCAGAUUAUUUUUUUUUUUUCUUCUAACAACCUUCCAAAGACCUAAAAGACUCCUUCAAUUUGGAGGUGAUUUGAAAAGCUGGUACAGACAGUAGAUAAACUGUGAUUGUAAAUAAUUGAGGCCUGAAAUACUCGAUGAUUCAGGGAAUUAACAUUUAUUAAAUUCCAUUGAUAUUUUAUUUUUUAAUUGGUUUUAAUUGCCAGCUUUCAUUUUGGUUUGUAAUUGUAUCAGAAAUGUCAAAGGGAUGUUUAUCCCAAUUUUUUUUCUUAAUAUUUACAUACUGAUUUUUAGGCUUUGUACUUU